AUGGUGAGUGAACAGGUUCGAGGCCACGCAAAACAGCAAGCGCAAGAAGCCGCCGCCAAGAGAGCCGCCGCUGCCAAAGGCGGCAAGUCUCAGCUCGGCGAAGCUCGUCAAAAAGGGCUCAAGUUCACAUGCCCCAAGUGCAUGGGUCAGAACCCGACGCAGAACUAUAAAGUGCUCAAGGAGCACUUUGAGAAUAAACAUCCCAAGGAUUCGGUUCCUCCAGAGUGUAGUUUUACCGUUUAG